UUUGAGGCGGCCUGACGCUCGCUUUUCUCCCUUUACCCGCCCCCUCUUGGAGCUCCCAAAUCUCCCUGUCCCAGCGGCGCUGGCUGUCCCCAGCCCUGCCAGCCCCGCAGGACACAGGCAGGAAUUUUGGAAGUUUCUCCAGCCAGCGGCUCAGCCGCCAUCCCCUCACCCUCCCCGGCGAUGCCGGGCUCCAGCAGGAGGAGGAGAACGGGAGCCAGGCUCGGGAUAAAGGGCCGGGAGUAGGAGGCGAUGCCGCUUUCGGAGGGCUCCUAUCUGCCCCCCGCCGCCUUUGUGCUGAGCCACGUCCUGGGCAUCGCGGGCGUGCUGUACUGGAGGAGCCGCAGCAGGGAAGAUGAACGGGACAGAGUCCAAAAGAAAACCUUCACUAAAUGGGUCAAUAAACACUUGAUGAAGGUGCGCAAGCACAUCAAUGACCUCUAUGAAGACCUGAGAGAUGGCCACAACCUCAUCUCCCUGCUGGAGGUGCUGUCGGGAGUGAAGCUGCCCGUAGAGCCGCCAGCUCAGCGGAGCCUUCGCCUGGUGACAGCACCGGCCUGGUGCCGUGCGAGCAGCGAGGAGGAGGAAGAUGAUGAUGAUGAAGAACCGCGUGAGAAGGGGAGGAUGCGCUUCCACCGCCUGCAGAACGUGCAGAUUGCCCUGGAUUUCCUGAAGCAGCGACAGGUGAAACUGGUGAAUAUCCGCAACGAUGACAUCACGGAUGGCAACCCCAAGCUCACCCUGGGACUCAUCUGGACCAUCAUCCUGCACUUCCAGAUCUCUGACAUCUACAUCAGUGGGGAGCUGGGGGAUAUGUCAGCCAAGGAGAAGCUCCUGCUGUGGACACAGAAGGUGACAGCAGGUUACAUCGGGCUGAAGUGCACCAACUUCUCCUCCUGCUGGAGCGACGGCAAAAUGUUCAACGCCCUCAUCCACAGAUACAGGCCAGAUCUGGUGGACAUGGAGAGGGUGCAGAUCCAAAGUAACCGGGAGAACCUGGAGCAGGCGUUCGAGAUCGCCGAGCGCCUGGGGGUCACCCGGCUGCUGGACGCUGAAGACGUGGACGUCCCCUCCCCGGAUGAGAAAUCCGUGAUAACUUAUGUGUCUUCAAUCUACGAUGCCUUUCCCAAAGUCCCCGAGGGAGGAGAAGGGAUCAGCGCCAUCGAGGUGGACUCGAGGUGGCUGGAGUACCAGAGCCGUGUGGAGUCCCUCAUCUCGUGGAUCAAGCAGCACACGAUACUCAUGUCAGACAAAUCCUUCCCCCAGAACCCUGUAGAGCUAAAGGCACUUUAUAACCAGUACAUACACUUCAAAGAAACUGAAAUCCCAGCAAAGGAGCAGGAAAAAGGACAGAUAGAGGAGCUCUACAAACUGCUAGAGGUUUGGAUUGAAUUUGGACGAAUCAAGUUGCCCCAGGGCUACCACCCCAACGAUGUGGAGGAGGAGUGGGGCAAGCUCAUCAUCGAGAUGCUGGAGCGUGAGAAGCUGCUGCGGCCGGCCGUGGAGAGGCUGGAAUUGCUGCUACAAAUCGCUAACAAAAUCCAGAAUGGUGCUCUGAGCUGUGAGGAAAAGCUCACCCUGGCGAAGAACACGCUCCAGGCUGACGCCGCUCACCUGGAGUCAGGCCAGGCAGUGCAGUACGAGGCGGACGUGGUCGUGUACCUGCAGGAGUGUGAGGGGCUCCUCCGCCAGCUCCAGGUGGACGUGCAGAUCCUCCGGGACGAGAACUACUACCAGCUGGAGGAGCUGGUGUUCAGGAUCAUGAGGCUGCAGGACGAGCUGGUGACGCUGAGGUUGGAGUGCACCAACCUGUACAGGAAGGGUCACUUCUCCACGCUGGAGCUGGUGCCCCCCUCCACGCUGAGCACCACGCACCUGAAGGGCGAAUCCCUGACCAAAGGGCUCCACACCUCCUCGGCCUCCUGGUUCCGCAAGCCCAUGACCAGGACGGAGCUGGUGGCCAUCUCCUCCUCCGAGGACGAGGGCAGCCUCCGCUUCGUCUACGAGCUGCUGGCCUGGGUGGAGGAGAUGCAGAUGAGGCUGGAGCGGGCAGAGUGGGGCACUGACCUGCCCAGCGUGGAAUCCCAGCUGGAGAGCCAGAGGCACAUCCACGCCAGCGUGGAGGAGCUGGGCUCCAGCGUGAAGGAGGCCAGGGUGUACGAGGGUAAAAUGUCUCCGAAUUUCCGCGCCAGCUACACCGAGACCCUGGGCAAGCUGGAGACCCAGUACUGCAAACUGAUGGAAACCUCGAGCUUCAGGCUGAGGCACCUCCAGAGCUUGCACGGAUUCGUGUCCCGGGCCACGGCUGAGCUGAUCUGGCUGAAUGAGAAGGAGGAGGAGGAGCUGGCCUACGACUGGAGUGACAACAACCCCAACAUUGCAGCCAAGAAGAAUUACUUCUCGGAGCUGACAGCAGAGCUGGAAGAGAAGCAGGACAUCUUCCGUUCCCUCCAGGACACGGCUGAGCUGCUCUCCCUGGAGAACCACCCGGCCAAACAAACCGUAGAGGCCUACAGCGCUGCUGUGCACACGCAGUGGCAGUGGAUCAAGCAGCUCUGCCUGUGCGUGGAGCAGCACGUCAAGGAGAACGCUGCCUACUUCCAGUUCUUCAGCGACGCCCGGGAGUCGGAGGCGUACCUGCGCAACCUGCAGGACUCCAUCAAAAGGAAAUAUUCCUGCGACCACAACACGAGCCUGACGCGGCUGGAGGACCUCCUGCAGGACUCCAUGGACGAGAAGGAGCAGCUGAUCCAGUCCAAGAGCUCGGUGGCCAGCCUGGUGGGACGCUCCAAAGCCAUCGUCCAGCUGCGCCCCAGGAACCCAGAGCACGCCCUGAGGAGCACCAUCCCCAUCAAGGCUGUCUGUGACUACAGGCAGAUCGAGAUCACCAUCUGCAGGAACGACGAGUGUGUCCUGGAGGACAAUUCCCAGAGGACCAAGUGGAAGGUGAUCAGCCCCACGGGGAACGAGGCCAUGGUGCCUUCUGUCUGCUUCCUCAUCCCCCCGCCCAACAAAGAGGCCAUCGAGAUGGCCAACAGGGUGGAGCAGCUGUACCAGAAGGUGAUGGCUCUCUGGCACCAGCUCCACGUGAACACCAAGAGCCUCAUCUCCUGGAACUACCUGCGCAAGGACAUAGCCCUGGUGCAGAGCUUCAGCAUGGAAAAGCUCAGAUCCUUGGCUCAAGGGGAGUGUCAGCAAGCCCUGAAGAGCCUCCAGGCCCACUACGAGGAUUUCCUGCAGGACAGCCGGGACUCGGAGCUGUUCUCCGUGUCGGACCGGCUGCGCCUGGAGGAGGAAGUGGAGUCCUCCAAGGAGCGCAUCCGGCAGCUGCUGGAGUCCAUGGAGAACGAGGACAAGGAUGAGAGCGUUGCCAGGACGUUCCUGUCGGAGCUGAGGAACAUCCGCCUGCGCCUGGAGGAGUGCGAGCACAGGCUGGUGAGCCGCCUGCAGGCCCCGAGCAGCGCCCGGGCCGACGGGGACACCAUCCAGGAGAACGCCAUCCGCCUGGCAGAGCAGGAGCGCACGCAGGAGGAUCUGCAGCAGCUGCAGUCGGAGCUGCAGGCUGUGUCUGAGAGGUGCUGCAGCUUCCUGGACAAAGCUCCUGCAGGGCCCAGCACGCCCCAGCUGCGCUCAGAGCUGGACCUGGUGGUGAAUAAGAUGCAGCAGACGCACGGGCUGUCUUCCAUCUACCUGGAAAAGUUGAAGACGGUUGAUGUCAUUAUCCGCAACACGCAGGGAGCAGAGUCCCUGGUCAAGGGCUACGAGGUGAAGCUGAGCCAGGAGGAGGCUGUCCCUGCUGACCUGGCAGCCAUUCACACCCACAGGACGGCCUUGCAGCAAUGGCUCGGGGAGGUGAAGGACAAGGGCUCCGUGUUCUCCACGCUGGAGGAGGAGAUGGCCAAGGCCAAGGAGGUGGGGGAGAAGCUGCUCCAGCUGAGGCAGGAGCGCAGCAUCGACCUGGAGCGCCUCCAGGAGAGGGGCAGCCAGCUGUGGGACCGCUGGCAGCGAGUCUGCGCCCAGAUCGAGACCCGCCACACGGAGCUGGAGAGCAUCCAGGAGGUGCUGAGUGAUUACCGGCAGUGCCACAGCGCCCUGAUCCAGUGGAUCGAGGAGAUCACAGCGCAGCAGGAGCUGAUGAAGCCUGGCCAGGCUGAGGACAGCCGGGUGCUGUCGGAGCAGCUCAGCCAGCAGACGGCUUUGGCUGCAGAAAUUGAGAAAAACCAAGCCAAGCUGGACCAGUGUCAGAAAUUCUCCCAGCAAUACUCGGCCGCCGUCAAGGACUAUGAGCUGCAGCUGAUGACCUACAGGGCCUUCGUGGAGUCGCAGCAGAAGUCGCCCAUGAAGCGCCGGCGGAUGCUCUCCUCCUCAGAUGCCAUCACCCAGGAGUUCAUGGAUCUGAGGACUCGCUACACGGCCCUGGUGACGCUGACCACGCAGCACGUGAAGUACAUCAGCGACGCGCUGCGGCGCCUGGAGGAGGAGGAGAAAGUGGUGGAGGAGGAGAAGCAGGAGCACGUGGACAAGGUGAAGGAGCUCCUGGGCUGGGCCCUGGGCUUGAAGCAGAGCGUGCAGGGCAGGGCAGCUGCUGCUGGGAGCAGAGAGCUGGGGGACAUCGAGAAAUCCAUCUCAGAGCAGCAGGCCCUGAAUGAGGAGCUGACUGCGAAGAAGGAGCAGGUCUCUGAGGCCAUCAAAACUUCCCAGAUCUUCCUGGCAAAGCACAGCCACAAGCUUUCCCAGCCAGAAAAGGAUCAGAUUUCUGCUCAGAUCAGUGCUCUGAAGGAAACCUAUCAGGAUCUCUGCAGCAACUCCACGGAGCAGCUCCAGCAGCUCCAGAGCCAGCUGGCCCAGGAGACAGAGCACAAGGGCAGCCAAGCCGUGGCAGGAGUCAUCGAUCUUGGCACUGUAGAAAUCUUCCCUGUCUUUGGUGCCAUGCAGAGAGGUCUGAUAGAUCAGGACACGGGCCUGGCCCUCUUGGAGGCCCAGGUGAUCACCUCUGGCUUAGUUGUCCCACAGACCAGUGAGAAACUCUCCUUGGAGAAAGCUCUGGCGAGAAACAUCAUUGAUCUCAGGGCAUUCCAGGUGCUGCAGGAAUUGAAGGAGGCUCUCCAGCAGGUGGAAGAAGUCAGAAGUGAGGGGAGGCAGCUCCUCCCCGUCACUGCCGUGGAACAGGGGAGGAUCAGGGAGAAUGUUGGGUUAAAGAUCCUUGAGGCUGAACUCGCCACUGGGGGCUUCAAAUUCCAGCAGGGCAGAAUCAGCAUGGAGACAGCAGUGCAAGAAAGGCUCCUUCCCCCCCAGCUUCACUCCAGGCUCGUGUCUCACCUGGAAACAGCCAAGGAUCUGAUUGACCCCAACACUGCUGAGAAAAUCAAUCUGCCCGAGCUCCUGGAGCGCUGCAUCCUCCACCAAGAGACUGGGCUGAGGCUGCUCCCAGUCAGGCAGCUGGCGGGAGGGAUGGUGAGCUUGAGCUCAGGCAGGGAGGUCAGCAUCUUCCGUGCCCUCCAGGAGGGGCUGAUGGACAGGGAGGUGACAGUCAGGCUGCUGGAAGGCCACCUCUUUGCUGGUGGCAUUGUUGACCCCAGGACAGGGCACAGGCUGAGCGUGGAGGAGGCUGCCAGGCACGGUUUGCUGGACCAGGAUUUGGCCUGCACGCUCCUGAUCCGGCAGCUGCGGGCGGGAGGGAUCAUCGACACCACCACGGGGGAGAGGCUGACCCUGGAUGGAGCCCUCAGGAAGGGGCUGGUGGCUCCAAGGACUGCGCUGCUGGUCCUGGAAUCCCUGCGGGCCUUCGUGGGGCUGCUGUGGCCAGAGACAGGGGAGGUCAUCCCGGUUGGAGAUGCUUUGGAGCAGGGGAUCCUCUCCACGGAGCUGAUUCAGGAGGCUCUCAGCAAGAGGCAGCUCCUUCAGGGUGUUUUUGUACCAGAAACCACAGAGGUGUUGUCCUGGCAGAAGGCAGAGGAACAGGGCGUCCUGGAGAGGGAGGUGGUGAAGAAGCUGAAGGCAACAGCCAUGCCUGAUGUGGUGGCCAGCGUUGGCUCUCCAGGCAGGAGCAGGCACGGCCAGAGCUCCCCUGGGAGCCCCACAGAGCUCCAGGAGCCUCAGCUGAGGAAUGACAAUGAAAGGCUGAUGUUCCACCUCGUGACCCACAGCUACAUCAACAUCCACGACGGGCAGAAGGUGCUCUUGGUGGAUUCAGAGUUGAGCAGUCUCACCAAAGCUCUCAUCCAAAGCCAAGAAAAUGGAUCCUGUGCACAGGGGCUGGAAGGCUUUGAGGAGACAGAGGCAGACACAGCCCCUGAAAGCAAACCUUGCGAUGGUUUGGCUUUGCAGCUUCAAUUUGCUCCUUCAAAAGGGGAAAGUGAGAAGAUCCUGCCACCCAGAACUGCUUUGGAGAAUGGGGAGGUGGUGAUGGGAGCUGAAAGUCUCCUCCUGGAGGAUGCAGAGGGUUUCCUGCAUGUGGAAGAGCAGGAGCAGAUUUCCACUGGACAGGAGACCAUCAGGAGUGAAACUGGAGCUGAAUCUGGAAGAGAACAGGUCACUUUUACAACCAAGGAUAAACAUCAGGUUAAAUUAUUGAUACCAGAACCUCCCAGUGACCUUGAGAGUGGAUUAAUCAGAGAAACACAGGAAAUGAUGACUGAGGCAGAAGAUGGAGUGGAAGGUUCUGAAUAUCAGAAGAGGGUGUUGGAAAGUGGGGCAGUGGCUGUGAAAAGCGAAAUCUGCGUAACAAUGGGUGUUCCAGAAAGUAGAGACAGACUGAAAAUCACGGCAGAGAGGUCUCAGGGUGUGAGGGAACCUGAACGAGAGGCAGAAGACGUUAGAGAAGUUUGUUUGCUGAAGGAGGAGAGAGUUGAAAACGGCGUGCUGGGAGGAGAGGAGGUUGUGCUGCCUGCAGGUGGAGAGGCAGAGAGGCAGAGCAAGGACAUGGAAAGAGUGUCAGAAGUGGAAGAAGGAGAGCAGGAAGAAGCAUCAGGUGACAAGGAACCAUCCCUGGCAGCCCCUGAGGAGCAGGAAGCAGAGGACACUUUGGAAAAGCUCCUGAGGCAGCUCCAAAGCGGUGGCAUCGUCCACGAGCAGACGGGCAGGACGCUGCUGCUGGACCAGGCGGUGGCCGCCGGGGCCGUGUCCGGCCACGCGGCCGUGAAGCUCAUGGAGAGGAUGAAGAUGUUCAGUGGCUUCUUUGACUCUCAGGUGUGCGAGCCCUUGAGCACCGAGGAUGUGAUUGAAGAGGGUCUGAUGGAUGAGGAGCUGCUCCAGAAGGUUCUGGUGCCCGACAAAGCCAUAAGUGGUGUCCUCGACCCGGGCAACAACUUUGUCUACUCCAUCAAGGACGCUGCUGCCGUUGGCCUUCUGGACAAGGAGACAGCCAUGAGGAUUUUGGAAGGGCAGGUGGUUACUGGGGGGAUUGUGGACUUGAAACGUGGCAAAAAAGUGUCGGUGACUUUGGCUUCAAACCUGGGGCUCAUAGAGCCAACGAGUCAGACAGAGCUGGUCAAGCUGGAGAAGGCUUCCAGGGGGAAAGGCGCUGAUGAGGUGACCAGGCAGAAGCUCAUUAAUUUACAGGCUGAGACCAGUGGAAUUGUGGAUCCUGAAAGCAAACGGGCUUUGACUGUGGCAGAGUCUGUUGAAAAAGGGCUCCUGGAGAAGGAAAAAGCUUUUCAGCUCUUGACCAAGCAGGUGGCUGAUGGAGGAAUCAUCCAUCACGUGUCUGGGAUGAGGCUUUCCGUGGACAACGCGAUGAAACACGGUUUGAUCAACCCAGAUCUUUGCGAGGAGCUCAGGAAAGCUGAGAGUGUGGUCCUGCAGGAUUUUGUCCAUCCAGCCACAAAGGAGAAGCUGCCCUUGCCCCAGGCAGUGUCACUGGGGCUCAUUAGCCCAGAAUUCCAGAGGAAAGUGCAGGAAAUCCAGGCUGAGAGCGGGAGCAUUCUUGAUCCAGCUUCUGGCCAGAGACUGGCGCUGUGUCAAGCGGUGCAGCAGGGCUUGGUGCCCCAGCAGGUGGUGGAGAAAGCCCUGUCCUCCUCAGAAAUGAGGGAAGGCAUCGUAGACCCCGAGACCUGCAUGAUCAUUCCCUACUCGGAGUUCCUGAGGAAGUGCAAAAUCGACGUCGGGUCCGGGCAGAGGUACCUGGAGGUCCAACCCUUCCAGGCCAUCAGGGAUGAGGUGACAGGGACCAAGCUGCCGUGUGCUGAGGCGGUGAGGCUGGGGAAGGUGGAUCCCCUGCCCACCCUGAGGCUGCUGCAGGCACAGGCAGACAGUGGAGGGGUGGUGGAGGGCACUGUCAGCAAGAGGCUGUCCCUGAGGGCAGCUGUGGAGCAAGGGGUGCUGGACGAGGCCAUGGCCAAAGUCAUCGCCACCAACCAGCUCAGGGCAGGGGGAAUUGUUGAUGCCCCCAGUGGGAAAAGGUUGACUGUGAAGGAAGCUGUUGGAAAAGGAUUGAUUAGCCAAAAAUUAGCUGCCGGUCUUCGGGAUGUGCAAGUAUCCAAAGAGAAAGUUGGUUCUGAGGUCUGCAAGGUAGAAAAAAUGCAACUUUCACAGGAGAAAACAGAAAAAUUGUCUCCAGAAGAGGAAGGUGUCAUCCUCCCUGCCAGAUCUGGUGGUGCUGAGCCCAAAGCUCAGCCUGAAGCUGUGAGCUAUGACACAGCUCCAAGUGCAGCUGCAGCCACUGAGAAACCCCCCAAAACACGGACAGAAAGGGAAUUAAAACCCCAGGAACCUUCAGAGGGUGGUGUCCAUCCCCAAGAUGAACAUCAUCAUCUUCAUCAUCCCCAGGCAAAGGCUGAGGUGACUCCAGAGCACCCCUCAGUGUUGGGGACAGCACCUCUCCCUGAAGAGACAGCGGUGGCAGGAAAAAGAGAUCCCAAAGGCAGCUCCCGAGUGGGAGCAGCCCGGGGGAAGGAAUUGAGAGAAGGAGUGGAUGGAGGGAAAGUAGAGAGUGGAGAGAAAGUAGAGAGCCUGGGCUUGGAGAAGGAGUUGUUGUUGUUGGGCACGGAGGUGCUUCACAGGGAGGAGGAUGGUGAGGAGAGGAGGAGGAGGAUGGAGUUUGUAAGUGCAGAGGGAGUUGAGGCAGGUGGAGAAGGUGCAGUGGUGGCUCCUGGGCAAGGAGGGAGAGUGGUCCAGGAGACAGCAGCAGCCCCGAGGGGAUCUGUCAGUGUGGGCCCAGGGGAGGGAGGGAUGGGUCCUGCAGAGCCUGGAGAACCUCCUGGUGUUCCUGUGGAGCCUGCAGGGGAUGAGCUCGCAGGGAAAAAAGCUGCCAAGCACACAGAAAGAGAAACCUCUCACACAGAAAGAGAAACCUCUCACACAGAAAGAGAAACCUCUCACACAGAAAGAGAAACCUCUCACACAGAAAGAGAAACCUCUCACACAGAAAGAGAAACCUCUCACACUGAAAGAGAAACCUCUCACACUGAAGGUCCCACUGAUCAGGAAAAAACAAGGGGAACUGAGCUAAAACCUACCCAGAAACAGAAAAGCAAGAAAAAGAGAGCAAAGCAGGGCAGCGUUCCAGGAGACAGCGCUCAGCCAGAGGAACCUUCUGCAGAAAAGCAGCUCCCUCCUUCUCCAAUUUCCCAUGAAAUUCCAAGGAAAAAGGGUGAGGAGGAGCACUUUGUCUCCAGGUUUCCAGAGCAAAAACAUGAAUCCAGCAUCGAGACUGCUGCUGGGUUGGCACGAGACACAGCCAAGCACAAGGGUGGAAAAGGAAAGAAAACAAUUCCUGGGAAAGAUCCAGAACACCCCGGAGAGGAUCAGGUGUUCCCUGUGCUCCCCGAGCAAGGGGAGGCUCGAGAGGUGGUGAAAGGUGGCAUCAAGGAUUCCUUGGUGGCACAGGAGGACACCAGGGUAGGAACCACCCAGGAUGUGCCCAGCACAGCCCCCGUGGCACAGGAGCUGCCCCAGGAUUUAAUAAUCAGAGAGGAACCCACGGAAAUUCAGGAAACCUCCGCAGCCCUGGAGCUUGGAGAGGAGAAACAGCACGAGCAAACAGCUGAGCUCAGAGCAGAACUGGGGGCUGCCCCUGCUCCCCCAAAAUCCCAAGAAGAAACCCCCCAGGAGAGGAGCAAGCAGCCGGGUCAGGGUGAUCGGGGUCUGCUCUUACCUGUGAUCGUGGAGGGGGAGCUGCUGGAAACCUCGAGGGAAUCUUCCAGACCAGCCCAGAUCAAGUUCAGCAAGAAGAUGUGUCUGGAGCACGACCAGAGGCUGGUAUCUUAUCUCUCCAUGCUCCGAGAUAUCGAGAUGAGAAUCAAACGGGUGCAGCCGGCGGAGCAGAAUUUGGCAGCUCUGCACGACCUGAGGCAGCAAGCAGAGGCUCUGGGCGCUGAGCUGCAGGAGCUGAGCUUCCCAGUGAAUCAGGAGCUGGAUGCUGUGCAGAGGAUCGUGGCCAACCCCCCUGAAGAAGUCCCCGAGCAGUUACUGAAGGCUUUGGAGAAGGAUGCCAAGAACCUCCAGAAGUCUCUGAGCUCUGCAAAGGAAGUCCUGCAGUCCCGGCUGCAAAACCUUCACGGGGCGGCAGAAGCUGAAAAGGCUAAAAUCCUGGCCCACCACGAGGCUCUUCAGGGCAGGCUGCAGGAGCUGCUGAGCUGGGUCUGUGGCACCACGGCGGCGCUGGGUGACAGCGACUUCCAGCAGGCCACCGAUGCCACCAGCCUGAGCCUCUGCCUGCAGCACUACAAGGAGCUGAAGGAGCCCCUUGCUGACACCAAGGCUGAGCUGGACGCCGCUGCCUUCAGCAUCCAGCUCCUGAUCUCGGAGCACGCCCAGGAUUUAACCCCCCAGCAGAGCAGGCAGCUGCUGAGGCUGCUCCACGAGCUGCAGAGAAACUUCAGGGACCUGUCAGAGCGUGUGACAGCGCGGCUGGAGGUGCUGCAGGUCUGUCUCCAGCAAGUGGAGCAGACGGAGCAGGUGAAGACGCUGCAGGAGCAGCAGGCAGCCCGUGCACACAGCCUGGCCGAGCUGCGCCGCUGGCUGGGCCAGGCAGAGGACGCGCUGACAGAGCAGCAGAGAGCAGAAGGGGACCUGCCUGCCCUGCAGCAGAGGCAGAGCGAUGUUAAGGAGCUGCAGAGGAACAUGCACAGCAGAGCCGCCUCCUUCGCCGGCGUCCUGAAGAGCACAGAGCAGUUCUUGGAGGAGAACAAGGCCAAGCUGGAGCCUGCAGAGCUGGCAGCGCUGCAGCAGGACCUGCAGCGGGCCAAGGAGCAGUACCAGUCCCUGCAGGAGAGGACAGAGGUGGCCCAGAAGGAGCUGGAGAGCGCCGUGAGCGCUGCAGUGCAGCAGGAGACUGAGAAGGUGAAGGCUGCCAAAGAACUGGAGGAGAACAGCAAUAAGAUUGAUUCCCUUUUGAACUGGAUGGCAUCGCUGGAGCAGAAGGGAGGGCUCCCGGAGUACAGACCACACCCUGUCAGCCAAGGGACAGAAGCAGGAAAAAGCCCUGGGGAUGUCCCUGAUGGGGACAUUGUGGGAGCAGACAGAGCUGCAGAGAGCCUGGACCAGCAGUACGAGAGGCUGAAGGUGCAGCACCAGGAGCUGCUGUCCCAGCAGCAGGACGUGAUCCUGGCCACGCAGGCAGCCCAGGCGUUCCUGGACCGGCAGGGCCCGGGGCUGGCCGGGGAUGAGCGGCGGCGGCUGCAGGAGCGGCUGCAGGAGCUCCGGGGCCGGUACCCGGCGGCGCUGGCGCGGGCGGAGGCGCGGCUGAAACGGGCGCAGCUCCUGCGGGAGGAGCUCCAUAAAUUCCUGAGGGACCACGGCGAGUUCCAGGCGUGGCUGGAGCAGGCGGAGCAGGAGCUGGAGGGGAUGCGCCGGGGGGACGGCGGCGAUCCCGCCGCGCUCCGGCGGCUGCUGCGGCGCCAGGGGAGCUUCUCGGAGGAUGUGAUCUCCCACAAGGGUGACCUGCGCUUUGUCACCAUGUCGGGGCAGAAGUUUCUGGAUGGGGACGCCGAGGGCGCCGAGCCGCAGCUGGAGAUGUCCAGGAGCGUGGUGAGGAGCAAGCUGGAGGAUGCCACGCAGAGAUACACGGCGCUGCACUCCAAGUGCUCCAAGCUGGGCUCCCACCUGAACACCCUGCUGGAUCACUACCAGCAGUUCCAGGAGGUGGCAGAGUCUCUCAGGACGUGGCUGCAGGAGAGUGAGGCUGCCCUGGGGAAGCUGCUCUCGGAGACGGUGUCAUCAGAGGUGGCCGUGCUGCAGAAGCAGCUGGACAGCACCAAGCAACUGCAGGGAGACCUGGCUGAGCACCAGGUGCCAGUGGAGAAGCUCCAGAAAGGAGCUCGGACCCUGCUGGACAUCCAAGGGGAGCCAGCCCCAGACCACGGCCACAUUCGGGAAACAACAGAUGCCAUCGUGAGCUGCUUCCAGAGCCUCUCCCAGCAGCUGUCGGAGCGCUCGGACCUGCUGCAGAAAUCCAUUGCCCAGUCCCAGAGUGUCCAGGAGAGCCUGGAGAGCCUCCUCCAGUCGGUGGCUGAGAUUGAGAAGAGCCUGGAGAAGGAUCAGCCAGCCGUGCUCUCCUCUGCCUCCAUCCAGGACUCGCUUGCCACGAGUGUGAAGCUGAAGCAGGACAUUGCCCGGCAGAGGAGCUGCCUGGAGGCCACCCGUGAGAUGGUGACGCGCUUCACCGAGGCCGCCGACAGCCCCGCGGCCUCCGCCCUGCAGGACAAGCUGGCCCAGGCCACGGAGCACUUUGGGAGGCUGUGCCAGCGGCAGCAGGAGCGGGAGGAAUCCCUCAAGGGGCUCCUGCCCAAGGUGGAGCAGUACGAGCAGCUGUGGGAGAAGCUGCAGCAGUUCACGGAGAGCAGGACGCGGGCGCUGGCGGCGGGGAACCAGCCGGACCGCGACAUCGCGCGCUUCUCCCAGCACAUCCAGGAGCUGAAUUCGGAGAUGAGGCAGCACCAGGAGGACCUGGCCACGCUGGAGCACCUGGCUGAGGAGCUGAGCUCCUGUGGCUUCGCCCCCGGCACCUUCCAGCAGCAGGAGAAGCUGCAGAGCCUGAAGAAAGAUUUCCUGCAGCUACAAAAGGUGGCAAGAGACAGGGAAAAGGAUGCAUCGUCCUGCCAGGAGCAACUGGACGAGUUUCGGAAUCUGGUUGGCGCCGUGAGGAAGUGGCUGAGGGAGAGCGAAGGCAAAAUUCCACCUGCCGAGACCUCCCUGGGCACCCAGGAGCUGCAGCAGCGCAGGCAGCAGAUCCAGGAUCUCCUCGAGGAAUGGAAGGAAAAGGGGCCCCAGGUGGAGGAGAUUGGCCGCAGAGGGACCCUCCUGGAGAACCUGAUCGUGGAGAUCACGGCCCCCAACACCCCGCCCAAGGCAGGUGCCACUCUGCCCACUCCAGGAGGCUCAGGGGGCAGCGUGAACGGAUACCACACGUGCAAAGAUCUGACGGAGAUCCAGUGCGACGCGGCCGAGGUGAGCCGGCGGUACCAGGCGCUGGGCGCGGCGCUGCGGGAGCGCCUGCAGCAGCUCUCGGACAUGCUGCAGGCCAUGCAGGAGGUGCAGGACCAGGCCAGCUCCAUGCUCAGGUGGCUGGAGUCCAAGGAACGGGCGCUGUCCGAGCUGGAGGCCUCCUCCUCCUCCUCGCCCACCAAGACGGAGACGAUGAGAGCUCAGGCUGAGCACAACAAGGCAUUUCUGGCUGAAUUGGAACAGAAUUCUGGGAAGAUCCAGAAGGUAAAGGAAGCACUUUCUGGCUUGCUGGAGAAAUAUCCAGAUUCCCCAGAAGCAGCGAACUGGAAGAAGAUGCAGGAAGACCUGAACUGCAGGUGGGAGAGGGCCAGCCAGGCCACGGCAGCGCGGCAGCAGAAGCUGGAGGAGUCGGCGACGCAGCUGGCCACGUUCCAGGCUGCUGAGGCCCAGCUCAGGCCCUGGCUCAUGGAGAAGGAGCUGAUGAUGAGCGUGCUGGGGCCCCUCUCCAUCGACCCCAACAUGCUGGGGGCUCAGAAGCAGCAGGUCCAGUUUAUGCUGAAGGAAUUCGAAGCUCGCCGACAGCAGCACGAGCAGCUCAACCAGGCAGCCCAGAGCAUCCUGAGUGGCCCUGGAGAUGUUUCUCCAUCCACCAGCCAGGUGCAGGAUGAGCUCCAAGGGGUCAACCAGAAAUGGUCCGAGCUCACCGAGCGCCUCAACUCCCGCUCCAGCCAGAUCGACCAAGCCAUAGUGAAGAGCACCCAGUACCAGGAGCUUCUGCAGGGCCUCUCAGAGAAGGUGAAGGCUGUUGGGCAGCGCCUGAGCAGCCAGUCUGCCAUCAGCACCCAGCCUGACGCUGUCAAACAGCAGCUGGAGGAGACCAGCGAGAUCCGCUCGGACCUGGAGCAGCUGGAAGAGGAGAUCUCGGAGGCUCAGACCCUCUGUGAUGACCUCUCCGUGCUGAUUGGGGAGCAGUACCUCAAGGAUGAGCUGAGGAAACGUCUGGAGACGGUGGCACUUCCCCUCAAAGGGCUGGAAGAUCUGGCAGCCGACCGGAUGAACCGGCUGCAGACUGCGCUCGCCAGCUCCCAGCAGUUCCAGCACAUGUUUGAUGAACUCAGGACCUGGCUGGAUGACAAAAGGUGCCAGCAAGCCCAGAGCCAACCCAUCUCUGCCAAACUGGACAGGCUGCAGAGCCAAAUCCAGGAGCAGGAAGAGUUCCAGAAGAGCCUCAACCAACACAGCGGCUCCUACGAGAUGAUUGUGGCCGAGGGAGAGUCUCUGCUGCUUUCGGUCCAGCCUGGGGAGGAGAAGACCACUCUGCAGAACCAGCUGGUCAGCCUGAAGACACACUGGGAGGAGCUCAGCAAGCAGGCUGCAGACAGGCACGCCAAGCUCAAGGACUGCUUGCAGAAAGCUCAGAAGUACCAGCGGCACGCCGACGACCUCCUGCCCUGGGUGGAGGACUGCAAGGCGAGGAUGGCAGAGCUGGAGGUGACCCUGGAUCCAGUGCAGCUGGAGGCCACUCUUCUGAGGUCCAAGGCCAUGCUGAGUGACGUGGAGAAGCGCCGGUCCCUGCUGGAGAUGCUCAACAGUGCUGCUGACAUCCUGACCGACGCUUCCCAGGCGGAUGAGGAUGAAAUCCGGGAUGAGAAGGCCGGCAUCAACCAGAAGAUGGAUGCCAUCACAGAGGAGCUGCAAACCAAGACUGGCUCCAUUGAAGAAAUGUCCCAGAGGCUCAAGGAGUUCCAGGAGAGCUUCAAGAACAUCGAGAAGAAGCUGGAAGGGGCGAAGCACCAGCUGGAGAUCUACGAUGCCCUGGGGCCGCAAGCCUGCAGCAACAAGAAUUUGGAGAAGCUCAGGGCACAGCAGGAGGUGCUGCAGGCCCUGGAGCCACAAGUGGAUUAUCUGAAAAACCUCACUCGAGGUCUGGUGGAAGACGCUCCGGCCGGAUCCGACUGCUCCCAGCUGCUGAGCCAAGCCGAGGUGGCCCAGCAGGACUUCCAGGCCGUGAAGCAGCGAGUCAACGACUGCUGCUCCCUGAUGGAAAACAAACUGGAAGGCAUCGGCCAGUUCAGCAGCAGGGUGAGGGAGAUGUUCUCGCAGCUGGCGGAUCUGGAUGACGAGCUGGACAGCAUGGGCCCCAUCGGGAGAGACUCCGACAGCCUCCAGUCUCAGGCCGAGGACGUGCGCGCCUUCCUGGGCAGGCUGCACCGCCUGCGGGGCGACAUCGACGCCUCCGAGGGCGAGUGCAGGAGGAUGCUGGAGGACGAGGGCAGCCCCGACCUGCUGGGGCUGAAGAGGGAGCUGGAGACGCUGAGCAAGCAGUGCAGCAAGCUGACAGAGAGGGGCAGGGGCCGGCAGGAGCAGGUGGAGACCACGCUGGCCCGCGUCGAGGACUUCUACGGCCGCCUCAAGGAGCUCAGCCACAUGACGGCAGCGGCCGAGGAGAGCGAGGCCUUGCAGUGGGUGGUGGGGACAGAGGUGGAAACCAUCAACCAGCAGCUGGCAGACUUCAAGCAAUUCCAGAAGGAGCAAGUGGAUCCCCUGCAGCUGAAGCUGCAGCAGGUCAAUGGAAUCGGUCAGGGACUCAUCCAAAGCGCCGGGAAAAACUGUGAUGUCCAAGGGCUGGAGCACGACAUGGAGGAGAUCAACACCCGCUGGAACACCCUCAACAAGAAGGUGGCCCAGCGAGUGGCUCAGCUGCAGGAGGCCCUGCUGCACUGCGGGAAGUUCCAGGACGCCCUGGAGCCUCUGCUGAGCUGGCUGGCAGACACCGAGGAGCUCAUCUCCAACCAGAAACCUCCCUCGGCCGAGUACAAGGUGGUGAAAGCCCAGAUCCAGGAGCAGAAGCUGCUCCAGCGCCUCCUGGACGACCGCAAGGCCACGGUGGAGAUGAUCCAGGCCGAGGGCGACCGCAUCGCGCAGGCGGCCGAGCUCGCGGACCGAGACAAGAUCGUGGGGCAGCUGGAGAGCCUGGCCCGGCGCUGGGAGGGGCUGCUGGGCAGGGCAGCGGCCAGGCAGAAGCAGCUGGAGGAUAUCUUGGUGCUGGCAAAGCAGUUCCACGAGACCACGGAGCCCGUGUCCGACUGGCUGUCGGUGACUGAGAAGAAACUGGCCAACUCUGAGCCCAUUGGCACCCAGACUGCCAAAAUCCAGCAGCAGAUCAGCCGCCACAAGGCUCUGGAGGAGGACAUAGAGAGCCACGCUGCCGACGUGUCAGGGGCGCUGGGGCUGGGGCAGGCGCUGUCCUCCCUGAGCUGUGCUGCCGAGCAGGGGCUGCUGGCAGAGAAAUUAGAAGCUCUGCAGAGCCGCUACGGCGAGGCCCGCGAGCGGUGUGGCCGCAAGGCAGCACUGCUGGCACAAGCCCUGGCCAACGCCAGGAUUUUUGGGGAGGAGGAGGUGGAAGUGCUCAACUGGCUGGCUGAGGUGGAGGACAAGCUGGGCUCAGUGGCCAUAAAGGAUUACAAACGGGACGUCCUGCAGAAGCAGCAUGCCGACCAGCUGGCUCUGAAUGAGGAGAUUGUGAACAGGAAGAAGAACGUGGACCAAGCCAUUAGAAAUGGACAAGCUCUCCUGAAGCAAACCACAGGGGAGGAGGUGCUGCUGAUCCAGGAGAAGCUGGACGGGAUCAAGACGCGCUACUCCGACAUCACGGCCGCCAGCUCCAAGGCUCUGCGCACGCUGGAGCAGGCCCGGCAGCUGGCCACCAAGUUCCAGUCCACCCACGAGGAGCUCACGGGCUGGAUGAGCACGGUGGAGGAGGAGCUGGCCUCCAGCGGGGCUCAAUCCCCUGCUGGAGAGCAGAUCCCUCAAUUCCAGCAGCGGCAAAAGGAGCUGAAGAAGGAGGUGAUGGAGCACAGGCUCGUGCUGGACACGGUGAACGAGGUGAGCAGGGCUCUGCUGGAGCUGGUGCCCUGGAGAGCCCGCGAGGGGCUGGACAAGCUGGUGUCGGACACCAACGAGCGCUACAAACUGGUCAGCGACACCGUCAAGCAGAGGGUGGAGGAGAUCGAUGCUGCUAUCCAGAGGUCUCAGCAGUACGAGCAGGCAGCGGAUGCAGAGCUGGCCUGGGUGGCCGAGACCAAGAGGAAGCUGCUGGCUCUGGGUCCCAUCCGCCUGGAGCAGGACCAGACAACGGCUCAGCUGCAGGUGCAGAAGGCGUUUUCCAUCGACAUCAUCCGGCACAAGGACUCCAUGGACGAGCUCUUCAGCCAGCGCAACGAGAUCUUCGGCACCUGCGGCGAGGAGCAAAAAGCUGCUCUGCAGGAGAAAACCGAGUCCCUGGUGCAGCAGUACGAGGCCGUGAGCCAGCUCAACUCGGAGCGCUACGCCCGCCUGGAGCGUGCACAGGUCCUGGUCAACCAGUUCUGGGAGACCUACGAGGAGCUGAACCCAUGGAUUGAGGAGACCCAAGCCCUCAUCUCGCAGCUGCCACCCCCAGCCAUCGACCACGAGCAGCUCAAGCAGCAGCAGGAUGACAUGAGGCAACUGAGAGAGUCCAUCGCUGAACACAAACCUCACAUCGACAAGCUGCUGAAAAUCGGGCCCCAGCUCAAGGACCUCAACCCCGAGGAAGGCGAGAUGGUGCAAGAAAAAUACUCCAGGGCUGAGGCUUUGUAUGCCAAAAUCAAGGAGGAGGUUUGCCAGCGGGCCCUGGCGCUCGACGAGGCCUUCUCUCAGUCCACCCAGUUCCACGACAAGAUCGAGCCCAUGCUGGAGACCCUGGAGAGCCUCUCCUCGCGCCUGCGGCUGCCGCCCCUCAUCCCCGCCGAGGUCGACAAGAUCCGCGAGUGCAUCAGCGAGAACAAGAACUCCACGGUGGAGCUGGAGAAGCUGCAGCCCUCCUUCGAGGCCCUCAAACGCCGCGGGGAAGAGCUCAUCGCCCGCUCCCAGGGAGCAGACAAGGACCUGGCAGCCAAAGUCAUCCAGGACAAGUUGGAUCAGAUGGUUUUCUUCUGGGAGGACAUCAAAGCUCGCACCGAGGAACGUGAAAUGAAGUUCCUUGAUGUGCUGGAGCUUGCAGAGAAGUUCUGGUAUGACAUGGCAGCGCUGCUGACAACCAUCAAGGACACCCAGGACAUUGUCCACGACCUGGAGAGCCCAGGCAUUGACCCCUCCAUCAUCAAGCAGCAGGUGGAAGCAGCAGAGACCAUCAAGGAGGAGACGGACGGGUUGCACGAAGAGCUGGAGUUCAUCCGCCUCCUUGGGACCGACCUGAUCUUCGCCUGUGGCGAGACUGAGAAGCCAGAAGUGAAGAAGAGCAUUGAUGAGAUGAACAACGCGUGGGAAAACCUCAACAAGACGUGGAAGGAGAGGCUGGAGAAGCUGGAGGAGGCCAUGCAGUCAGCAGUGCAGUACCAAGACACGCUCCAAGCCAUGUUUGACUGGCUGGACAACGCUGUGAUCAAACUGUGCAACAUGUCCCCCGUGGGCACCGACCUCAGCACGGUCAAGGAGCAGAUGAACGAGAUGAAGGAGUUUAAAAUGGAGGUUUACCAGCAGCAGAUCGAGAUGGAAAAGCUUAAUCACCAAGGUGAACUGAUGCUAAAAAAGGCUACGGAUGAGACAGACAGAGACAUCAUCAAGGAGCCACUGACAGAGCUCAAACAUCUCUGGGAGAACUUGGGCGAGAAAAUUGCUCACAGACAGCACAAGCUGGAAGCCGCCCUGCUGGCACUGGGCCAGUUCCAGCACGCCCUGGCAGAGCUGAUGGCCUGGCUGACCCACACCGAGGAGCUGCUGGAUGCCCAAAAACCAAUCAACGGGGACCCAAAGGUCAUUGAGGUGGAGCUUGCAAAGCACCACGUGCUGAAGAACGACGUCCUGGCCCACCAAGCCACGGUGGAGACAGUGAACAAAGCAGGGAACGAGCUGCUGGAGUCGAGCGCAGGGGAUGAUGCCAGCAGCCUGCGGAACCGCCUGGAGAAGCUGAACUCGUGCUGGGAGUCUGUGCUGCAGAAAACAGAGGAGAGGGAGCAGCAGCUGCAGUCCACGCUGCAGCAGGCUCAGGGUUUCCAUGGUGAGAUUGAAGACUUCCUCCUGUGGCUAACGAGGAUGGAGAGCCAAUUGUCAGCGUCCAAACCCACAGGAGGUCUGCCAGAGACUGCCCGGGAACAGCUCAAUGCCCACAUGGAGCUGUACAGCCAGCUCAAAGCCAAGGAGGAUGUGUACAGCCAGCUGCUGGCCAAGGGGAGGCUGAUGCUGCUCAACCGCGACGAUUCCGGCUCCGGCUCGAAGACGGAGCAGAGCGUGGCCCUGCUGGAGCAGAAAUGGUGUCUGGUCAGCACCAAGAUGGAGGAAAGAAAGGCGAAGCUGGAGGAGGCAUUGGCCCUCGCCACGGACUUCCAGAACUCCCUCCAGGAUUUCAUCAACUGGCUGACCCUGGCUGAGCAGAGCCUGAACAUCGCGCCGCCCCCCAGCCUCAUCCUGGCCGCGGUGCUGGCCCAGAUCGAUGAGCACAAGGUGUUCGCCAACGAGGUGAACGCGCACCGGGAUCGCAUCAUCGAGCUGGACCAGAGCGGGAACCAGCUGAAGUUCCUCAGCCAGAAGCAGGACGUGGUGCUGAUCAAGAACCUGCUGGUCAGCGUCCAGUCCCGCUGGGAGAAGGUGGUGCAGCGCUCCGUGGAGCGGGGACGGGCUCUUGAUGAUGCCAGGAAGAGAGCAAAGCAGUUCCACGAGGCCUGGAAGAAGCUGAUUGAUUGGCUGGAGGAUGCAGAGAAUCACCUGGACUCGGAGCUGGAGAUCUCCAACGAUCCUGACAAGAUCAAGCUCCAGCUCUCCAAACACAAGGAGUUCCAGAAGACUCUGGGUGGGAAGCAGCCUGUGUAUGACACCACCAUCAGGACAGGCAGAGCCCUCAAAGAAAAAGCCCUGCUUGCAGAUGACACUCAGAAGUUGGACAAUUUGCUGGGAGAAGUCCGGGAUAAGUGGGACACAGUGUGCGGAAAAUCUGUGGAAAGGCAGCACAAGCUGGAAGAGGCCCUUCUGUUCUCUGGGCAGUUCAUGGAUGCGCUGCAGGCGUUGGUGGACUGGCUGUACAAGGUGGAGCCCCAGUUGGCAGAGGACCAGCCCGUCCAUGGGGACCUGGACCUGGUCAUGAACCUGAUGGAUGCUCACAAGGUGUUCCAGAAGGAGCUGGGGAAGCGCACGGGGACGGUGCAGGUGCUGAAGCGCUCGGGCCGGGAGCUCAUCGAGAACAGCCGGGACGACACCACGUGGGUGAAGGUGCAGCUGCAGGAGCUGAGCAACCGCUGGGACACGGUGUGCAAGCUCUCUGUGUCCAAGCAAACCCGCCUGGAGCAGGCCCUGAAGCAGGCUGAGGAGUUCAGGACAGCCGUGCACUUGCUGCUGGAGUGGCUCUCGGAAGCGGAGCAGUCCCUGCGAUUUCGGGGAGCGCUGCCGGACGACGCCGAGGCCCUGCAGGCCCUCAUCGAUGCCCACAAGGAGUUCAUGAAGAAAGUGGAGGAGAAGAGGGUGGACGUGAACGCGGCCGUGGGGAUGGGCGAGGUCAUCCUGGGCGCCUGCCACCCCGACUGCAUCACCACCAUCAAGCACUGGAUCACCAUCAUCCGGGCCAGGUUCGAGGAGGUUCUCACGUGGGCAAAGCAGCACCAGCAGAGGCUGGAGUCGGCUCUCUCCGAGCUGGUGGCCAAUGCAGAACUUCUGGAGGAGCUCCUGGCUUGGAUCCAGUGGGCUGAGACCACCCUGAUCCAGCGGGACCAGGACCCCAUGCCCCAGAACAUUGAUCAGGUCAAGGCGCUCAUCUCCGAGCACCAGUCUUUUAUGGAGGAGAUGACAAGGAAACAGCCAGACGUGGACCGGGUGACAAAGACGUACAAAAGAAAAGCGACGGAGCCUCCCCACGGGCCCUUCAUCGACAAAUCCCGCAGCAACAGGAAAUCCUUGGGGCAGGCUGCUCCCCCCAGCAUGCCCAUCAUCUCCCAGUCAGAAACGAAGAAUCCCAGAAUAAACCAGCUCUCAGCACGCUGGCAGCAGGUCUGGCUGCUGGCCCUGGAGAGGCAGAGGAAGCUCAACGAUGCCCUGGACAGGCUGGAGGAGCUGAAGGAGUUUGCAAACUUCGAUUUCGACGUCUGGAGGAAGAAGUACAUGCGCUGGAUGAACCACAAGAAGUCCCGGGUGAUGGAUUUCUUCCGGCGCAUCGACAAAGACCAGGACGGCAAAAUCACCCGGCAGGAAUUCAUCGACGGCAUCCUGGCUUCCAAAUUCCCCACCACGAAGCUGGAGAUGACGGCGGUGGCUGAUAUCUUUGACCGCGACGGCGACGGCUACAUCGACUACUACGAGUUUGUGGCUGCCCUCCAUCCCAACAAGGACGCCUACAGACCCACCACGGACGCUGACAAGAUCGAGGAUGAGGUCACCAGGCAAGUGGCCCAGUGCAAAUGUGCCAAGAGGUUCCAGGUGGAGCAGAUCGGCGAGAACAAAUACAGGUUCUUCCUCGGCAAUCAGUUCGGCGAUUCCCAGCAGCUGCGGCUGGUCCGUAUCCUGCGGAGCACGGUCAUGGUCCGUGUGGGCGGAGGCUGGAUGGCCCUGGACGAGUUCCUGGUGAAGAAUGACCCGUGCAGAGCACGGGGACGGACCAACCUGGAGCUGCGGGAGAAGUUCAUCCUGCCGGAGGGAGCCUCGCAGGGGAUGACCCCGUUCCGCUCGCGGGGCCGCCGCUCCAAGCCCUCCUCCCGGGCAGCCUCCCCGACACGCUCCAGCUCCAGCGCCAGCCAGAGCAACCACAGCUGCGCCUCCAUGCCCUCCUCUCCGGCCACCCCGGCCAGCGGAGCCAAGACUCCACACCACUUCUCUCGAUGUUAUGACAAACCCUGGUUGAUAAACAGUAAAGCCAACACCCCCCUGAGGGGAUUCGAUUAUUCCGACUUCCAGCUCCCGAGCGCCGAGGUGACGCCCUCGGCGGGCAGCAAGCUGAAACGCCCCACCUUCCACUCCAGCCGGACCUCCCUGGCUGGGGACACCAGUAACAGCUCCUCACCAGUCUCCACAGGUGCCAAAACCACCCGGGCAGACCCCAAGAAGGCGGCCAGCCGCCCCGCCAGCCGCGCCGGCAGCCGCGCCGGCAGCCGCGCCAGCAGCCGCCGCGGCAGCGACGCCUCCGACUUCGACCUGCUGGAGACGCAGUCGGCGUGCUCCGACACCUCGGAGAGCAGCGCGGCCGGCGGGCAGGGCUCCCGCCGUGCCACCAAGCCCUCCAAGAUCCCCACCAUCUCCAAGAAGACGCCCGCCGCCGCCCCAAAAACCCCGGGCCCCAAAAGAUAAUACUGAACCCACUGCCCUCCCAAUGGGGAGACAGAGAGAGGAAGGAAAAAGGAAAAAAAUCAACAAAUCGACCCGACCCGCGUCCAGUUUUUAACCCGUACAUUGGAUGUAUAUUUAUUCUAAAUGGGAGAAACUAUAUUGUUAAAAGUGUAAAAGAGAAGUUGUGUUAUGAAGCUGCCUUAUUUGGGGUUUUUUUUGUUUUGUUUUCAUUUUUUUGGUUUUUUCUUUUUUUUUUUCCUUUUUUGUAAGUUACUAUUUUCAUGUGAAUAUUUAUGUAGAUAAAAAAAAAAAAAAUUGCCUCUCGGUGACCCCUGUUUAGAGAGGGGCCUGGAAAACUGAAAUGUGGGAGAGAAAGAAAAAAAAAAUCAAGAAAAAGAUUAAAAAAAAAAAAGGAAGCAAAAAAAAAAAAAGGUCAAGAUGUGAAAGUGUAAAGAAAAACUAAAAUAUAAAUAGGAUUUCUGCGCGGUGCAGGGUGUGAACCUGCUUUAUCUUUUAGGAUUGUUUCCUAAAUGCAUCUUUAUAAACUUAACUUGCUGUCUCAGCAAGGUAAAUUAUAUUUAAAAGCAAAGACCUGAAUCCUGCAGUGUUCAAGGAACUCUCUUUUUUGUAAAUCACAGAUACCUCAACCAGAGAAACGUGAGGUGAGGGGACUUGGGGCUUAUGUUUCCAUUUUUUUUAAAAAAGCUAUGUGGUUUUACCUGAAGAAAGCGGAGUUUGACUUUAAUAAAAUUUGCACACACUACAGCAAAGGCCGUGAUAAUUUUGCUGUCUUGAAAAUACUGUUGUGACAACUUUGUUUUUAAAGAACAAACCGAGGGUGAGGGGUUUGGGGAGGGGUUUGAGGAGGGGCUUCACGCCGGGGGAGAGCACGGGGCAGGUCUGGAUCACUCGGGUGCAUCCCUUAGAGGUGGUGGGACCCUCCAAAAUCAAAGAUUCUUCUGGAAUCAUGGCUUAACCAACCCACCCCGAGGCGUUCCUUACACAAUCGCUGUUUUAUCUGCAUCUCUUUGUUUUUCCUAUUUAUUAUUUAACUGGUCAUUCCACUUCCAGCCAGGCUGAGAUCAAUGUGAACUCUGCUCCUAGGAGAAAUCUGGAUUUACACGCACAGUUUGCUUGUCCUUGAAAUGAGUCUCACCAGCACACUCGCUGCAAGUCCUGUCUCGCUUUUGUACGCUCCUUUUUCUUUGUAAUAAAAAUCCAACUGACCAAGUGACCAGGAGACAGGGCGAGGGCUCUCCACAGCUCCUGUAUUUAUUAAAUAUUGUUCCUCUCCGGCUCUGACCGUGUUGCUGUGUGAUUCUCUCAAUUGGUUUCAAAUUGAGGCAAAAAACUGAAGCUCUACCAAUGAAUUGUUUAAAAAAAAUAAUAAUUAAAAAAAAAAAAAAACCAAGACACAUUUUUGUAUUAAAAUUGCUUGCGGUAAUAAACGAUCUUGCCUCCUACUUUA